CAAACAUUGAUCAAAUGUACCAGUUCAGUUGAUGCUAGAUCACUUGAGUAUAUAUAUAUAUAUAUAUAUAUAUCACUAUCUUAUGUGAAGCUAUCAUCUUAAUCUUUCUUUUGACAAUUAUUUGUGACUCAAUACUCAUAAACUCCAUAAUUUCCUUCACCGUUUUAUUGUUAAAUUUUUCAUUGCUUAACAAGAUUGGUUUUCUAUAGUAGCCCUACUGUUUUCUUCCUUAGGAUGUAAAGUAGUAAUCUUUUGAAUUUCCCUUUUCUUUUUCUCUGUUUUCAUUUCAGAAUAUGCUUUCUUGCCUCCUUUGAUUUGGUAUAUUUUCAGCUUCUACUACAAAUGAUCUUUUUCCCUUUUGAAACCCUUUUUAUUUGUCUUCUCAAGCAAGAAGUCAAGCACAGAUGACAGACCACAGUUCUCUAUUAGAUUCUUGAACUCUAAAAUCUCUCACACUCUCUGAGUUGGUGACAUGGGUGGUGUAAAAACAGAUGAAGUUUUCUUCUUUGUUGUUGUUUGUUAGUUUUGAGCCACUUGAAAUUCCAAUUCUUGAAGACCCUUUUGUAUUCUUGAACUAGUUUGUGAGUGAAAGUUCCAAAAAAGUUAUCUUCUUUGUUGUUGUUAGUAAGUUUUGAGCCUCUUGGUAUUUGAAGACCCUUUUGGAUUCUUGAGCUAUUUUGUGAGUGAAAGUUCAAAACAGACACAGUUUUCUUCUUUUUUGUUGUUAGUAAGUUUUGAGCCUCUUGAAAUUCCUAUUCUUGAAGACCUUUUUGGAUUCUUGAGCUAGUCUGUGAGUAAAGUUCAAAACAAACACAGUUUUCUUUUUUGUUGUUAGUUUUUUGAGCCUAUUGAAGACCAUUUUGGAUUUGUGAGUGAAAGUUCAAAAGAGACAAAGUUUUCUUCUUUUUUGUUGUUAGCAAGUUUUAAGCCUCUUGAAAUUCCAAUUCUUGGAGACCCUUUUGGAUUCUUGAGCUAGUUUGUGAGUGAAAGUAAAGUUCAAAACAGAUAAAGUUUUCUUCUUUUUUGUUGUUAGCAAGUUUUGAGCCUCUUGAAAUUCCAAUUCUUGGAGACCCUUUUGGAUUCUUGAGCUAAUUUAUGAGUAAAAGGUCAAAACAGAUAAAAGUUCUGUUCUUUCUUGUUGUUAGGAAGUUAUAAGCCUCUUGAAAUUCCAAUUCUUGGAGACCCUUUUGGAUUCUUCAGACAUAAAGUUGAUCAUAGUGUUUUUGCAAUGAAACAAUUUCAAGUUUGAUUUCCUUUUUUCUUGUUUUCAACAAGUUAUUGAUUCUUGUCUAAAAGAAAGCCUUUCUGGUGUAAAAAGGAGAUGAGAAUUCUGGGGGUGAAGUAUGGUUUAUGGAUUUCAAUGAUUUUGGGGUUUAUGGUGUUGGGGAAAGUGUAUGGAAUAGGAGCAAACUGGGGUACACAAGCAACACAUCCAUUGCCACCAAACAUAGUAGUAAAGUUACUUAAAGACAAUGGGAUUCAGAAAGUGAAGCUGUUUGAUGCAGAUUCAGAAAUCUUGAAUGCCCUCAGUGGCUCCGGAAUUGAAGUCAUGGUUGGAAUACCAAAUGAAAUGUUGUGGAGUUUAGCUAACAGUUUGGGUGCUGCUGAGAAAUGGGUAGAGAAGAAUGUCUCCUCACAUGUCUCUUCCAACAGUGUUGAUAUCAAAUAUGUUGCAGUUGGAAAUGAACCAUUUCUAUCUCAGUUAAACGGGACGUUUCUGUCAACAACAUUCCCAGCUCUUCAAAACAUCCAAGCAGCCCUUAUAAAAGCCGGUCUUGGUAAUCGGGUGAAAGUCACUAUUCCUCUCAAUGCUGAUGUAUACCAGAGUUCAAGUGAAAAACCUUCAACAGGUGAUUUUCGCCAAGACAUUCGUGAUCUCAUGGUGAGCAUUGUUAAGUUCUUGAGUGACAAUGGAGGUGCAUUUACUGUCAAUAUCUAUCCCUUUAUAAGUCUCUACAAUGACCCCAACUUUCCUGCUGACUAUGCUUUCUUCGACGGAUACUCAAACCCCAUCGAUGACAAUGGGAAAAUCUACAACAAUGUGUUCGAUGCAAAUCACGAUACCCUCCUUUCGGCAUUGCAGAAAAAUGGAUUCCCAAAUAUGUCGAUUAUAAUAGGGGAAAUUGGAUGGCCAACAGACGGAGACAAUAAUGCAAACUUGAAAGCUGCCCAGAAGUUCAACCAAGGAUUCAUGACUCACAUUUCAGGUGGAAAGGGGACACCAAUGAGACCUGGCCCUAUAGAUGCUUACCUUUUCAGUCUGAUUGACGAGGACGCGAAAAGCAUUCAGCCCGGUAACUUUGAGCGCCAUUGGGGAAUAUAUUACUUUGAUGGUACGCCUAAAUACAAGCUUUCUUUAGGUGCAAACAAUGGAGGUGGUUUAGUACCAGCAAGUGGUGUUCGUUACCUGUCUCGUCAGUGGUGCGUGUUGUCACCCUCAGCUAGCCUUGAUGAUCCUCAGCUAGCUGAUAGUGUAGGCUAUGCAUGUUCACAUGCUGAUUGCACCAGCCUCGGGCACGGGACAUCAUGUGCUGAUCUAGAUGCUCGUGGUAACGUUUCGUAUGCCUUCAACAGUUACUAUCAGGAAAACGACCAGCAAUCGAGUGCCUGCAAGUUUCCUAACCUUUCCAUGAUCACAAGCACAGAUCCGUCACCAUCGGGCGGAACAUGUAAAUUCAAAAUCAUGAUCCAAGCAACUAGUCCUAGCAGCCAUAAGAACAAUGCAUUUACAACUAAGCCUGUCAAUGUGAUGUUUCUGUUUGUAGUUUCUUUGUUGUUGAGUGUUUUGUAGAACUUGUUGAGUCAUAUUUAUGUAUUUUCCAUCAUGAUUUUUGUUUACUACAUUACUCUGCUCCUCUGUUUGGCACCA